CUGUUCUUCUCCAUUUGACUUUCUCCAAACUCUCUCUCCUCGUUCGUAAUCCUGGCUAAUCGGUGGUGGACUACUCCGGUGGGCAUGCCGGGAAUGGAUCCGGCAGCCAAUUCACCACUCUUGCACAAAAGCGAUCUUGAAAUUUCCAACAACAACAAAAGAGGAGGAGACGAGGACGAGGACAGAGACACUGGGGAUGAGCCGAGAGAAGGGGCUGUCGAGGUAGGGACUCGCAGGCCACGAGGCCGCCCACCCGGCUCCAAGAACAAACCCAAACCGCCCAUCUUUGUCACUCGAGACAGUCCCAACGCACUCCGUAGCCAUGUCAUGGAAGUUGCCAGCGGCACUGACGUGGCUGAGAGUAUAGCUAUCUUUGCACGCAGACGACAACGUGGCGUCUGCGUGCUGAGCGGAAGCGGCUCCGUCGCUAACGUUACCCUUAGGCAACCGGCUGCCCCAGGGGCCGUGGUUGCCCUACAUGGAAGGUUCGAAAUCCUGUCACUGACUGGAGCCUUCCUGCCCGGUCCAGCUCCUCCAGGAUCCACAGGUCUGACCGUGUACCUGGCUGGCGGGCAGGGACAAGUAGUGGGGGGCAGCGUGGUGGGUUCACUUGUUGCAGCAGGUCCGGUGAUGGUGAUUGCAGCCACCUUCGCGAACGCCACGUACGAGAGACUGCCGCUUGAAGAGGAGGAAGAAGCGGAUCAGGGGCAGAUCCAAGGUGGCUCAGGGAACUCACCGCCGGCUAUGGGAGGAGGCGGGAGUGGGCUGGCGGACCCAUCAUCUCUUCCUAUGUACAAUAUACCGCCUCAUCUAGUCCCAAAUGGUGGCGGACAGCUAGGGCAAGAGGCAUACGGGUGGAAUCACACGCGACAGCCUUACUGA